UACAACGAGCACAGCAAACCGCCAGUUUCCUUCUCAAAACCACUCAAUCGAGCAAUCGAAGCGCAUACAGGAGCUUUUCCAGCACCACUUCCCAACAGCAAGAAGACAUGUCUGACCGACCGAACGGCCUCAUUGCCAAGCAAGGCUUGGAGCUGCUGACAUUUGGCACUCCCAAUGGCCACAAAGCGAGCAUCAUCCUUGAGGAGAUCAAAGAGGCUUAUGGCAAGCCCGACUACGUCUAUCAAUCCAUCAACAUCAGCCAGAACAUCCAGAAGGAGAAAUGGUUCACAGACGUCGGUCCCAAUGGACGUAUCCCAGUCCUCGUAGAUCAUGAUGCAGGCGGUCUGGGGAUUCAGGAGGGGCAAGCCAUUCUGUCCUAUGUGACCCGUCAUUUCGAUCCCGAGAACAAGUUCUCAUUCAAGAGCGAUCCCGAGCUGUCGCUUUGCGAGCAGUGGGUUGCGUGGCAACACGGAGGAUUGGGUCCGAUGCAGGGACAGGCCAACCACUUCUACCGCCUCGCAAAGGAACGCAUUCCCUACCCAACCCAACGCUACGUCGGUGAAACCGAGCGCCUCUACGGCAUCCUCGACGCCCAGCUCGCCUCGAAGGAGUACCUCGUCGGAGGAAAGUACUCCAUAGCCGACAUUGCCAACUUCAGCUGGGUGAACGUAGCCUACUUCGCGGGCGUGGACCUCGAUCAGUUCCCCAACUUGAAGAAGUGGUGGGAGAGGAUCAAUGCUAGGCCUGCGGUGAAGAAGGGUGUUGCGAUUCCGAACGAGUCGACGAUCACGAACGAGGCGUAUCAGAGGAGACUGAAGGAGGAGGAUGGAUUCAAGGAGAAGGAGGAUGAGUUGAAGGAGCUGGGCAAGAAAGCGAAGGAGCAGUAUGAUUACAAGUACUCUUCUCCUUAGAGGGAGGAUGAAUGUCAGAACAUUAACAACGA